AUGGCGAGCUUCGCGAGGGGCCUUCGCCUCUUCCCGUGCCCUCGAGGGCCCGUAACCCCGCGAACGAUUCUCCCAGACCUCACGUCCACUCAAUCCCGAUUCUUCACAGCGUCAUUGCGACUGCGCGCCUCUGCGACACCGAAACCCCAACCUAAGCUUCCUAAAGACGUCAGAUCGAAAUCACCGACAAGCCAAGCGAAUUCCCCUGCGUCGCCGUCAGCCUCCAUAGCCCCCAGCCGAUAUGCCUUUGUGAAGAGCUUGGCGUCCAAGCAGACGCCAACCCUGCUAUACGAAGCACCCUCACAUUUCUGGUUCUAUUUUGGAUGCUGGUCGAGCGGCCUGUCUAUAAUCACCUGGACGGUGCUGACCGGCCCAACGGCUAUCCAGCAGCCAGAAGGCAUCCCGCAAUGGGUUGGCUUUACCUUUGGAGCGUCAUAUGCCCUGCUUGGAGCCAUGGGCUUCUAUCUCAUCUCAAAGACCCCCAACAUUGUCAGCAGCAUCCGUGUGUUGCCACCCCUUCAAGCGGCGGGCCAAGCGGCCACACGACCAGGAAUCGCCGCCGGCGUGCCCCAACUCGAAGUGACAGUCAAGCGAAUGGUCCCCUUGCUUCAGCCAAAGGUCAUCAGGACAGAGCUCGAUAAUGUUGCACUCAAGACCCGCUUCUCGCUUCCGAGCGAAUACGUACCGGAGCUGAGAAGACUUGAGCUGCAGCUCGAAGAAGAGGCACGGAAGAAGGCCUUGUUCAAAUUCGACAUGGAGCAUCUCUUCACCAUGCCUUUCCGAAGGAUUGGCCGUGCUUUUGUGAACAUGUUUCAGGGCGUGAGGGCGGCAUGGACAGAUGUGGGAUACGGCAUUAUCAAGGUGGACGGAAAGCAGUACAAAGUAGACGUCACAAAGGGGUACGCCCGCGACGGAUUCCGAACGCUGGAGCAAAUUAUCAAUGUAGGAUUCAAAUAA